UUCGCUGGAGGCUUAUCACUAUAUUCUACUCAAGGAAUGGAUACAUUAUCCCAGGACGCGCUAUUUUCAGAACGACCUUUGCUUGAUAGCUGGUAUAGGUUCUUGACCAACCUUCGCACAAUUAUAUGAGAAAAGCGAUGACUCUGGCAUUUACUGGCCCGAAACUUAUGGCCCAUACGUUAGCCGUAUUCCUCCACCCAACAUCUACCAAUGCCGCAAGCAUGAUCCUUUUCCUGUUGUGGUACUCACAAUUGGGCUUGACAUCCAGAUUCCGUGCUUUGUUCCGGUCUAACCCUCUCCUUUGUCCAUUCUUAUUCCCUCGCAUGGAAUCUUCUCAUACUAAUGCCGCCGAGCGCUGUCUUUAGCGCCCACUUGAGCGCCGGACAUGAAACCAAUCCAAGCGCCUUGACUUACUUAUGUUUUUCAUUUUCAGCGUUUCAAGUUCGAUUGUGU